ACAGGUGCGUGACAUGACAGUUCAGCUCCCCAGCAUGUUCCCUAAAGGAAAGGGUUCUACGGUACCUUCAGACAGCCAAGCCAGAGAAAAGUUAGCUCUCUAUGUAUACGAAUAUUUACUCCAUGUUGGGGCACAGAAAAGCGCACAGACAUUUUUGUCAGAGAUUAGGUGGGAGAAGAAUAUAACGUUAGGAGAACCCCCGGGGUUUCUGCAUUCAUGGUGGUGUGUAUUCUGGGAUUUGUAUUGUGCGGCGCCCGAGAGGAGAGAGACGUGUGAACAUUCAAGUGAGGCGAAAGCUUUCCACGAUUACAGAGGGAGGCCGAACCCACACUUGGAUGUCAAUGGCGAACAACCCGUAGCACCAUUUCUUCACAAGAGCGGAGCAGCUCCCAGUCCAGUAUUAGGUCAGAUGCCCCCUAAUGAUGGAAUGCCUCCCAGCGGUCCAAUGCCUCCAGGCUUCUUUCAGAAUCCCAUGCGUCACUCACCCUCACACCAGAACCCCGGCCCGGGGGGUCCCCCUGGGUCGCAGCCCUCACCCCAUGCUCAGCAUCAUCACCACAGCAAUCCCAUGAUGCAGCAGAAUCAGUUACCUCAACAUCACAUGGAUGGCAAUCAGUUAUCACCUCACCGGCUGGAUAUGAAUCAGCCGUUCAUGUCACCCCGUUUCUCAGGCCCGAGAGGUCCAGUCCGAAUGCCAGGCAGUCAGGUGAGAGGAACGCCUCCACCGGGUGGUAUUCCCAAUUCACAAGGAAUGAUGCCCAACUCCAUGGAUCCCACGAGGCCUGGUAAGUCAUCUCAUCUCUUCUGCAUGAACAAAAAACAAGUCAAUAAAUGUACAUAA